AUGUUGCCUUUUACUCAACGUAUGUUACCUCAACAAACUCCGCAACAACAAUAUAAUACUAUUGGAAUACAAGGAAAUGCAAAAAUCUCUUGGGCUGUUACCCCAGAAGAAAAAGCUCAAUAUAAAGAAAUAUUUAAACAAUGGGAUGCUACAGGUUUAGGUUAUUUAACUGGUGAUAAAGCAAGAGAAAUUUUUUUACAAUCUGGUUUACCUCAAACUGAUUUAAUGCAGAUAUGGCAUUUAUCUGAUCCAAAUAAUAAUGGAAAAUUAAAUCAAGAUGAAUUUGCUGUUGCAAUGCAUUUGAUUUAUAGAAAACUUAAUGGUUAUGAAAUUCCUACCACACUUACUGCUGAACUUAUACCACCUUCGACGAGAGAUUUGACAGAAAGUGUGGACAUGCUCAAAAAUUAUCUUGCGUCUGAUAUUCAUAAUCAACAAUUAGGCACUGGUGGUGGUUCCAACAAUUAUUAUUUGAAAUCAAGAAGCUUUACUAAUUUACCAGUAACUAGUCAUAACGAUGCAACAAAUUAUAAACAUAAAGAUGAUGACAUUGGUUACGUCUCUUCGUCAAGAUAUAAAAUUCCCUCAACAUCACUGUCGUCACGUAAUAACGAUUCUGAAUUUUCCUCUUCAUAUUCAUCUUACUCCUCCUCCUCAUCAUCAUUACCAUCAUAUUCUUCUACUUUCAAACGACCAUCAUCUAUUGGUGAAGAUAGGUUAUCAUCAUCAUCAUCAUCAAAAAGAAUAGCAGAUUUAAAAAAACAAAUUCAAGAUAAAGAAAAUAUAUUAGAUGCUUUAAAAUUUUCAGAAAGUUCAAAUUACAACUCAAAUUCUUUUAAUUCUUUAGCAUUCAACAACAACAAUGAUGAUGAAAUUAAUGAAUUGAAAAUAAAAAUUAAAGAUAUUCAAAAACAAAUUGAUUCUGCGCAAAAAAAUAACAAUGAAAAAAAAUCAAUAAAAUCUUUAUUGGAUCAACACAAUGAUUUAGAAAUUGAACUUCUUAAUAUGUUGUCCACUGUUAUACCAGAUCUUAUUUCUGAUACUCAUGAAAUUUAUACAAAAAUAGCAGAAUUAAAAAUAGAAUUUUUUAAAUUACGUGGGAGUAGUAACGGUGAACUUGACAUUAAAGCAAAAGCUCAAGCGAUGAUACAAGCUCGUCUAGCUGGUAAACCAUAUUCUUUUACUAGUAGCUUCACUGGAGGCAAUGGUGGAAGUGGCGUUAUAGACCCUGGAAGAUUGGAAGAAGAAACGAAUCGAAUAAAAGCAGAAAAGGCUUCUCGUGAUCAAACUAUUAAUGAUAUUGAGAAAACAAUAUCUAAAUUACAAGAUUCUAUUAUCAAAAUUUCACAGGAAAAACAAGAGAUUGAAAACAAAUGUAAACCAACAAUUAAUAAAUCAUCAUUUAGUCAACCUAACAGUGACAGCAACAUCCUUACAAGUCGAUAUACUUCUUAUAACGCAUCAUCACAUAAACCUAGUUCAUCUAUAUCAUCUUCAGAUAUCACCAGUGGUGGCAACAGAGAUACAUCAUCACAUAAAUCUAGUUCAUCUAUAUCAUCUUCAGAUACCACCAAUAGUGGCGACAGAGAUGCAUAUAUUAAAGCACAGGCAGAGCGUCGAAUGCAAGAAAGAUUAAAAGAACUUGAAGAAAGAAGAAAUAAAUGGCUAGCUAAAGAACAAGAAUUGGAAAAUAGAAAUAUUCGUCAAUAUUAG